AUGCAAGCUCCGCAUCCCAGAGUCCCUUUCAGUUUUCAGAUAUACGCCGGAUGGGCUCUGGCAGGACGUGAACUACAACUCCCAGAUUCCUGCGUGGCGCGGAGAAGGCCGCCCAAUACUGUGCGAAAAAGGCUCCCGGGGAGAGCGGGCCACAGCCGGCCCCUCCUCCUUUUGAAGCGGUUUCGCACCUCUUUCCUUCUGGGGCUUCGAGGCGCGAAGCGGUGCUGGGAGGGAAGGGAAGGCGUGGCGGCGACGGCGGCGGGGACAGCAACGACGGCGGCGGUGGCGGCGGAGACCGCAGCAGCUGCGGGGCUGUCAGUUAGGCCGUCGGAGAAAUGGGAGACCCGGGGUCGGAGAUUCCUGGGCCUCCCACUUCCACACCCACUGAAUCAGAAUUGGCAGGAAGGACCAUCAAAACCUAUUCUUGAAUACGUUGAUCUGGUCAGUGGUGAUGAUGAAGAGCCUAGCCCCUAUCAUAGUGAUAUUCUGUUCCCUAAAAUACCAAAACGACAGGGAGACUUUCUGCAUAUUUUAAAUGUGAAGAAGGUGAAAACAGACACAGAAAGAAAUAAUAGCAAAAAUCAUUGUGGACUGUCUAAGUCAGAGGAAUCAAAUUUCAAAUGUGUUGAACAGUCAAUCAUUGAAGAAAAUCCAUCAUGUUCUUCAAAGGAAGAUAUAGAUUAUCUUGUGCUUCCAGAUUGUUGGAAUGAAAAACAAGCAUUUAUAUUUACAGAACAGUACAAAUGGCUUGAAAUAAAAGAAGACAUGAAUAUGAACACAUUUUUUAAUUUAAAAUGAAGGCAUACUGAACAAGAAGUAGAGAUGCAGAAGCUCGUACAACUGGAACAGUAAACAGACUGGAUGAAGGAAAGAACAGUCUCAAUAAAGGUUGCAGCAAAAGGGCCAAAGAAAAAACUAACGUAUGAGUUCCUACAUGUGAUUUUGUGGACUCCUUUUGUGGUGGAAUGUGUGGCCGGCUUCUUCAUCUUUCUAUGACAUAAUUUUUCUUGUGAAUAUUUUUCAGGCAUUUGUAAUUUUUUAGCUCUUUUCACAUUUCUUCUUAUAAAAUCUUU